CUCCUUUGUGAACAAAACCCUUAUAUCACGUCCGUCCAAUUAGAAACUCGGCUUCAUCACAGCCAUCGAAACUGCUUUUGUUGUUAUAAGAAAAACCCUAUGUCCUUCAUGCAAGUCAGCGUAUAGGGUUUUCCUUGGAAUCUUUUUUUUCUCUUGGAUCCUGAAAAGCUAAUCGGAGAUGGCGGAUUCCGGGGUUAGUUCUAACGAUCCGAAUCGGGCACAAGAGACGAAGCUUAAACAUCUCGAGUUCGUGCAGGUGGCAGCGUUUCAGGCAAUUAUAUGUCUGUCGAGCCUUUAUAAUCUUGCUAAGGAGAACUCCGGACCGUUGCGUCCGGGAGUUCAGGCCGUGGAGGGCACGGUGAAGGCGAUUGUUGCCCCUGUUUUUGACAAAAUUCAUGAUGUUCCUUUGGAGUUUCUCAAGUUCAUCGAUCGAAAGGUGGACCAAUUUCUUUGCGAAGUUGAGCGAUACGUACCAUCACUUCUGAGGCGGGCACCUGAAGUGGCUCGUUCGGUGGCUGGCGACGUGCAACGUUUUGGCGUUAUGACGACGACGAUUCAGUUGGCGCGCGCUGCGAAGCAGAAGUGCAGUCCAGUGGUGCAAGAUGUGUAUGGGAGAUGCGAGCCAGCCAUAGAAAAGCACGCGGUGGUUGCAUGGCGGUCACUCAACCAACUUCCAGUCAUCCCUCACGUGGUGCAGAUCGUCGUACCCACAGCAGCUUAUUGGACGGAGAAGUACAACAAGGCUGUGAGUUCUGCGGCGGGGAAGGGAUAUGUGGUGGCUGAGUUUCUGCCGCUUGUGCCGAACGAUAGGAUUGCGAAGGUGUUUGGUGGAGAAGGCGGUGCGCAGACAACGAAUGCCGACGGGUAAGCUGGACGAUUUCUACAUGUCAGUAAAGUUUGGGGUUUCCAUCACGGGUUGCACAUAUUAUCUUACAAACCACUCAGUUUUUGAUGUAAAAUGCAGUGAAAUGGUACUGUUCUUAUUGUGACUGUGGUUCUUCAUGGUGUUCGUAUUGUGGCUGGUUGACAAGACUCUAAAGUUUGAUGUAAACUUCAAAGUUUGCAUCUUGGAUUAAGUUCUGGCUCUUUUCUGCGUUUGAUUUCAA